AUGGAGCGAUAUGCAUUGACUCACCUCAGUCUACACCGUCCGGCGAAAGAACGACAGCACAGAGGAAAAGAAAGAAGCAAAAGCCCGAACUACGACUUUCCGGUAUCACCUCCGUUUACCGAUGGCACUACCUUGACAGCACUUUUCGAAUCAGGCAACUCAGUGUCCGACUUUGAUUACUACUCCCAUCAGAUUGGUUUGAUCCCUUCCAGUUGCCUGUGGCAGUUAGAUCGACCUACGCUGUCAUUGGACAAUGGUGUUGAUGACACUAGAGGUACCAGUGUUGGGUCUGGCACCAUCCCUCGGAGAGACGCUGUGCAGCCGCCAGUAUCCGAUAGUGAAAAUGCAUUGAGCGCUAUCGAGGCAACCUCCCGUAUGGGUCCGCUAAUUGUCGCUUCUGAUCAGCAAUCGGCAGACAGCCCUACUGUGAUGGGAACACCCAACCCUGCACGGACAAACAAGGAUAAUUGUUCAGGUACAGCGCAGCCAAGGGGCGGCUUGUUUCUUAGAAAAGAAGCAACGGCUACCAAAUUUGUCGGGGUUUCUUCUAUAGCUGCUACUUUGUCCACAUGCCUCAGAGAUUCGAUUGAGGCCUGUGGAGGGUCCCUGCAGCCCAGUUCUCUGGACGACGUGGUGCAAACCAUGCAGUAUGUCGACGAGCUGAAUAAAAGCACGCUCGGUGCCGAUAAACAAAACUUUCACUUGCCCGACAUUAAGCUCGCUGAGCGGUGCAUUCCAGCCUAUUUCGCCAACAUCCACCUCCGGUACCCCGUUAUGGAACGUCAGAUCUUCUUCAGUUGGCGGGACUUCUAUAAGGAGGAUGGUAAACAACAUGAUCCCUUGGUCGUGUCGAAACUACUUCUUAUCGUCGCUAUUGGCGUGAUGACACUCCAUAGCGAUCUCACGGCCCCACUUCGACCACUGGAAGUCGCCUCUGCGCUGUAUGAGCGUGCUUGGUCCUUGCUCCCCCUGAUUCUUGAGAGCCCCUACACAGAUUCGGUGCAAAUCCUACUUCUGCAUACAAUCUAUCUGUCCCACUGCGGCAAACAUGGCAUAGCUUGGAUUACAUGCGGCUUUGCCAUCAGAAUCGGACACUCUGUUGGCCUCCACCUACCACCACCUGUGGGGUUGAGACUGCUCCCUGAAGAAAUUCGACUCCGCUCUCGAGUGUGGUGUGUCGCUUACACGCUUGACGCAUUCCUGGCCCUUUCUGAAGGCAGACCGGUAGCCAUUUACGACAAACCUAGCGACGUGGACCAGCAGGGACUGGAAUUCGACGAAUGUCCCCCAAACCUGGCCUGCGUCCCUGCGACCCGCAUCUACCGCUGGAACCUGGAGCUCGCAUUGAUUGUCAACAGGACCUGUAGGAUCCUGAACCAAGACAACACCAAUGUGGACUUACCCAGCGAAUUGGCUGAUAUUGACAACUCGCUCUUAAGCUGGCGUGACUCUAUUCCCAUGGAGUUUCGCCCGGAACAAGAGAAUGUCUCGCGUGGCCUGUGUCCGUACUGUGCACUGGCUUUCCGCAGAGCAAAGGUUUGGCGACGGGGCCAAUCUGAGCGCACGCAUGAAGUCCAGUGA